GUCCAUGGUUGAGGCAGACUUCCUGACUCAGGCAUGGUCCUUCAUCAUUUCCGCCCGCCUGGAGUUGUCCCUCUUCGUGGCGGCUCUGGUGGCACAUUUGCUCCUGUUUGGCCAGUCUACUCCGCAGAAGUCCAAAAGAAGCAAGGAGACCUUUUCCAGCUCCCCGCAGCAUUUUUCCAACGCGAAGGAAGUGGAGUCGGCCUUUGCCGAAGCCGUCCGCGGCGGACAUGCGCGGCAGGUGCUGAACUGCUGGUCUGCAGCAAAGAAGUUCCCUGAUGCCAUGGACAUUCCCUUGGCCAACGUGGUGGAAGCCAUGCAGCGCUUUAAGAAGGACGGGGACUACAUUGCGAGAGAGCUUUCGGCAUACCUCACGAAGCACCGCAGCACAUGCAAGAUGCAGACGAUCAACGAUUUAUUGGACUCCUUAGCCAAGCGUCAUGAUUCUGACUUCGUGGAUUCAGUCCUGAAGAUUCUGCCCGCAGGCUUCACUUUAGAUAGCCGUAGCUAUGAGAUUCUCAUGAACAUGCACUUCACGAUGAGGAACUUUCAGCGUGUGAAUGCCAUGGUGGAACAAGCCAAAGCCGCCAAGGUACCAUUGACCACGCGUGCUUCCAUUGUCAUCAUCAAGACUGCUCUGAAGACGGAGAACUUUGAGGAUGCUCUUGCGACCUUUCGAGAGCUCAAAUCCUUGUGGCAAGGUCACGUCGGCCCUUCCACGGCUCCCAGACAGAUUGUAGCGCAGCUAGUGGACAUGGCCUGCAAGGAGCACGAACUCAAGCGCUUCUUGCCGGAGCUGGCCAGUGUGCCCCUCACCGAGGAGGUGAUCCAUCUGAUGGUCAUGGAAGCGGUUCGCGAAAAGGAUGUGGAGCUUUUGGAGCAGGUCGAACGCCUGGGACGUGAGAAGGGUCUAGCCUUCUCUGAGUCAACUUAUGGGAUGCUCAUCAAGGGCUACAAAGGCAGAGACGAUAAGGUCGAGAACCUGUUUUCGGAGGCUUUGGAAAAGAAGUCCGACGCAGGACCUGAGCUUUGCUUGGCCCUGCUGCUGUGUUGUCAACAGACCAGGAACUUUGCACUGGCGGAGAGCGCCUACAAACACUUCUCCAAACAGAUGUCGUUGUCCGUGCUUGCGGCCUUUAUUCGCUUUCAUUCCGAGGUGGAGAACUAUGAGCGCGUUUGCGACCUCUAUGCGGGGCCACCCAGCUGGCCCAGCACUGGGAAAGUCCAAAGGAUUCACAGGCGCUGUGUGAUGAACGCUGCCCUGAAGUGCGGCCGCAGCACAUUAGCCCUGCCCGACACGUGUUUGCGGCGAACUGGGAACAGGAAACCUCCAGCAGAUGUGCCAUUGGACAUGGGUGAUUUUCCCACCAAAGGCUGA